CUGAGUGUGAGGUUGCCAUAGUGUUUUCCAUGGGAGUGGUGCCUCCGUUCUACCUCUCCGAACUUCCUGGAUGCUUGGGACCCACAAGGACCCGUCGGCCGAAUUAGGGAAAAAGAAGCCUUGGCCGAUAAUGCAGCUUGAUUUCUCAAAAAGGACUGAACCGAGAUAGAGGGAGUGACUCCUUGGCUACUGACAGCAGAGCUCCACGCACUGCCAGGCACAGUUCUGCCUCGCUGGGACCUGUAUUACUCAGGACUCCACAUGUUCCCAGAAGUUCGAGGAAGAAUGACCACAUUCAAGGAGGCGGUGACAUUCAAGGACGUGGCUGUGGUCUUCACUGAGGAGGAGCUGGGGCUGCUGGACUCCGCCCAGAGGAAGCUGUACCAGGAUGUGAUGCUGGAGAACUUCAGGAACCUGUUGUCAGUGGGAGGAAAGAUCCAAAGUGAGAUAGAGACUGUUCCAGAAGUAGAACCACAUGAAGAACUUUCCUGCUGGCAGAUCUGGCAACAAAUUGCAAGAGACUUAAUCAGGUGUCAAGACUCCAUGAUAAAGAGUUCUCAGUUCCCCAAACAAGGGAAUUAUUCCAGCCCUGUUGGGACAGGACAAGCUUUAACUCACACAGACCAGAAAUCUUGUCAGUGUAAUGAGUGUAAAAAAUUUUUCACUGAUGUCUCCCGCUUUGAUCUUCAUCAACAAAUACACUCAGGAGAGAAGUCUCAUACAUGCAAUGAGUGUGGAAAAAGCUUCUGCUAUAGCUCAGCACUCCGUAUUCAUCAGAGAGUUCACUUGGGAGAGAAACGCUAUAAGUGUGAUGAGUGCGGUAAGGAAUUCAGUCAGAGUUCACGUCUGCAAACUCAUCAGAAAGUCCACAAUGUAGAGAAACCAUUCAAAUGUGAGGAAUGUGGGAAAGGCUUCAGUCGUAGAUCAACACUUACUGUUCAUUGUAAAUUACACUCAGGAGAGAAACCUUAUAAUUGUGACAAAUGUGGAAGGGCCUUUAUUCACGCUUCACAUCUUCAGGAACAUCAGAGAAUCCACACUGGGGAGAAACCAUUCAGAUGUGAUAUAUGUGGGAAGAACUUCCGUCGUAGAUCAGCACUUAAUAGCCAUUGUAUGGUCCACACAGGAGAGAAACCAUACAAAUGUGAGGAGUGUGGGAAGUGCUUCACUUGUAGCUCAAAUCUUCAUAUCCAUCAGAGGGUCCACACAGGAGAGAAACCUUAUAAAUGUGAGGAAUGUGGUAAGUGCUUCAUUCAGCCUUCACAAUUUCAGGCCCAUCGGAGAAUCCACACUGGAGAGAAACCAUAUGUAUGUAAAGAGUGUGGUAAGGGCUUCAUUUACAGUUCAAGUUUUCAAGCCCAUCAGGGAGUUCACACAGGAGCAAAACCAUACAAAUGCAAUGAGUGUGGGAAGAGCUUCAGGAUGAAAAUCCAUUAUCAAGUUCAUCUCGUGGUCCACACAGGAGAGAAACCCUAUAAAUGUGAGGUAUGUGGGAAGGGCUUCCGUCAGAGUUCAUACCUCAAAAUCCACCAGAAAGCCCACAGUGUGGAGAAGCCUUUCAAGUGCGAGGAAUGUGGGCAGGGUUUCAAUCAGAGUUCACGACUUCAGAUUCACCAGCUGAUUCAUACUGGGGAGAAACCAUACAAAUGUGAAGAGUGUGGGAAGGGAUUCAGCCGUAGAGCAGAUCUUAAAAUUCAUUGCAGAAUCCACACUGGAGAGAAACCGUAUAAUUGUGAGGAGUGUGGAAAGGUAUUCAGUCAGGCCUCACAUCUUCUGACCCAUCAGAGAGUCCACAGUGGAGAAAAGCCAUUCAAAUGUGACAAGUGUGGGAAGAGCUUUAGUCGGAGUUCACACCUUCAAGCUCACCAAAAAGUCCACACUGGAGAAAAGCCAUACAAAUGUGAGGAGUGUGGGAAGGGCUUCAAGUGGAUCUUGAAUCUUGACAUGCAUCAGAGGGUCCACACGGGAGAAAAACCAUAUAAGUGUGGGGAGUGUGGGAAGCACUUCAGUCAGGCCUCAAGUCUUCAACUUCAUCAGAGUGUCCACACAGGAGAGAAACCAUACAAAUGUGAUGCAUGUGGUAAAGUCUUCAGUCGGUCUUCACAACUUCAGUAUCAUGGGCGAGUUCACACAGGGGAGAAACCUUACAAGUGUGAGAUAUGUGGUAAGACUUUCAGUUGGAGAUCAAAUCUUGUAAGUCAUCACAAAAUUCAUGCUGGCGAUACAUGUUAUGAAAGUGACGAGCGUGGUAAGAACACCAAAGAAUUGUCAGAGGAAAGGAGUUCUACAAAAUGAUGUUUUUUUAAAACUCGUGCAACAUGAAUUAUUAUAAUCAUCAGAUUUCAUAGAAGAGAAAGUGUUUGUUUUAGUUUAGCGGGUGUUUAAGCAAUAGUCAGACAUCUCAGUUUUCAGCAGGCCACCUUUGUAGAUGCUGCAAUAAACGCUUCAGAACUUUGACAUUUACCAAAUGUCGCUUAGAAGAUGGGACUUAUAAAGGAAAAGAAUUAGGCCUGGACUUAACAAAAGUGUAAUGAUGGGCAAGCCAGGACUGACACCCACUAGAAUGUAAGCUCCCUGAGGGCAGGGCCUUUGCUGCUGAGUCUGCACAGCAUUCACGUUGACCUUUGCCGGGAGGUGUGCUCCGUACUUGUAUGUUACAUCACUCAGUAUUACAGUCCACAGUGUGAACGUGGCAUUACCUUCUUGUAAUGGGCUCCUGUCCUCCCCACAGCCUCUUCUCAAAUUGGGCUCUUAUUAUUUGGGGCCCCGUCUUGUUUUCCAAGUAUUGUGUACAGUGUAAUUUAACUAUCUUUUGUGAUUUUUCUGACAGUCCAGAUUGAAACAGUUUUUUAACUUUACAAGAAGUUGCUGCAUAUUGCACAGUUGACUUCUAUAUAUCAAUAUUAAGGCAGGUGUUUACUGUCACACUUUGAAAGUGUCACAAGUAGUUACCAAUGACAGUUUUCUUAAUCAACUUUGAAUUUAUUAUUGAUUUCUGAUUCUCUUCAUUUCCAUCCAACUUUGACAUGUUUGCCUUCUGAUUACUGUAGCAUUUCUUUGAUCAAAGCUUCUCAGGUAGGGGCUAUGUCAUAUUUUCCCCCAUACCCAUGAAAUGAAUACCAAAAACAACUUGUGGGAAUUUGAUAAUUUUAUCAAAUUUAUUACUAAGACAAGGCUGACAUUUAUAUGCUCUUUCCUGUCGGUAGCAGUAAAGCAUGAUUUGGGGAAAGGGUAUAUAUUAAGAUACAGGUUGUACAUCUCUUUGAUCUGGAAAUCAUAUAAUUGGAAGUUAUGAUUGUGAGAUUGAAAUUCCAAGCAGAUGAACAUUACAUUGAUGAUGCCACUGAAUUAUUAUUUUAAAGAUUUUAUAGGUGAAGGGGAACUGGAUUUUAUUGAGGAACAGUGUGUACUUCCAGGACUUUUUUCCAAGUCAAGUUGUUGUCCUUUCAA